AUCACCAUGUCACUCUGGGAGGGAGACAGCAGCAACUAAGCUGUGCAAGGUUUUUUUUUUUCCCCUUUUUCUUUUCCCCUUUCUUUUUCUUUCUUUUUUUCCCCUGUUUUCUUUUCCUUCUUUCUUUCUCUUUCUCUCUUUCUUUUUUUCCCCUUUUAUUUGCUUUUUCUUUAAGGUGAGGAAAGAGACAAACAGGAGACAGGAAGCUGAUCUGCAAGGAUUCGGAGUUAUGCUGAAAGGACUUUGAUUUUUUUUUUUUUUUUUCCCUUUACAAACGCUGGCAAUUGACAUCACUACAGACAGCCUGGUAGGGAACAAACUGCCUCAUCCGAAGUGGACCCUGGCAGCUGGGGGAAGGCAGACAAGAUCUGGGGAAGCUGUGUGGAUUUUUUUCCCCCUACCGAUCCCCAUCUCCUUUUUUUUUUUUUUUUUUGGUGUGUUUCUUUUUUAUAUUCUGGCUGUGUUGGAACUAGCGAGUGGUGGAAGACAGGAAUCUCAGAAGCCUCAUCAGUCAUCGGGACUGUCAGGAAUAGUGGUUUAAGAGGAAGCUCGGCCUGGGGCACUAUACCCUGUCAUCCAGUUCCCUGCCUCGGAGAUAAAGAUUCCAGCUACAUGGGCAAACGCCUGGAUCAGCCACAAAUGUACCCCCAGUACACUUACUACUAUCCUCAUUAUCUCCAAACCAAGUCCUAUGCACCAGCUCCCCACCCCAUGGCUCCUCCCAGCCCCAGCACAAACAGCAGCAGCAACAACAGCAGCAACAACAGCAGCGGGGAACAGUUGAGUAAAACCAACCUGUACAUUCGAGGCCUUCCACCAGGCACCACUGACCAGGACCUAAUCAAGCUGUGCCAACCGUAUGGAAAAAUUGUAUCUACAAAGGCAAUUCUUGACAAAAACACAAAUCAGUGCAAAGGCUAUGGUUUUGUGGAUUUUGACAGUCCUGCAGCUGCACAGAAAGCAGUAGCAUCUCUCAAGGCAAAUGGCGUGCAGGCACAGAUGGCCAAGCAACAAGAGCAAGACCCAACAAACCUAUACAUCUCAAAUCUCCCCAUUUCUAUGGAUGAGCAGGAACUUGAGAAUAUGCUGAAACCCUUUGGACAUGUCAUUUCCACAAGAAUACUAAGAGAUGCUAACGGAGUCAGCAGAGGCGUUGGUUUUGCCAGAAUGGAGUCUACUGAAAAAUGUGAAGUGGUAAUUCAACAUUUUAAUGGAAAGUAUCUGAAAACACCACCUGGCAUCCCAGCCCCUAGUGAGCCUUUACUGUGCAAAUUCGCUGAUGGAGGACAAAAGAAGAGACAGAAUCAAAGCAAAUACACCCAGAAUGGAAGGCCGUGGCCCAGGGAAGGAGAGGCUGGCAUGGCUCUGACCUAUGACCCCACAGCUGCCAUACAGAAUGGAUUUUAUUCUUCACCGUACAGUAUUGCAACCAACCGCAUGAUUCCACAGACAUCUAUCACGCCAUUCAUUGCUGCUUCCCCUGUCUCCACAUACCAGGUCCAGAGUACUUCAUGGAUGCCUCAUCCGCCAUACGUUAUGCAACCAACAGGUGCUGUGAUCACGCCGACGAUGGACCAUCCCAUGUCCAUGCAGCCAGCAAACAUGAUGGGCCCCCUGACACAACAGAUGAACCACCUUUCGUUGGGCACAACAGGAACGUAUAUGACUGCUGCCGCUCCUAUGCAAGGGACCUACAUUCCCCAGUACACGCCUGUGCCUCCGACAGCUGUUUCUAUUGAAGGUGUUGUUGCUGAUACCUCUCCCCAGACAGUGGCACCUUCAUCGCAGGACACCAGUGGUCAGCAGCAGCAGAUAGCAGUGGACACAUCCAAUGAACACGCAUCUGCAUAUUCUUACCAACAGUCUAAACCAUAAACAAGACUGAAGAAUGUCUGUCCGAAACUUUGCCUUGAAUGAAGAAACUUCACUGAACAAGAAGUUGGCUUCCAGUUUGCACAGGCGUCAGUGGAAUGCUUUUUUUUUUUUAAUUUUGUACUUUACCCAAUGAAAACAAUGCGUUUUGUGUGCUGUGCAAAUGGGUCCUUCAUGUGGCCUGACAGUUUAUUUUUUGCCAUCAUUUUUUUAAUUAAAGUAAAAAAAAAAUCCCAGAAGAGGAAAAAUGAAAACAAAACAAAACAUGGAAGGUUGACAUUUUAUCGAGAAGAACAUUUGAAAUCAGAAUUUCCCUGAAGGUGUAGAUAGAUUUUUUUUUACAAAAAAAUCUGAUGUCAAGAGGUGGACAAGCAGAAAUGGAAACAAAUUGUCUUCCUCGUGAUUAAGCUACUCUUUCUUUUUUUUCCCUUCUUGUUUAAAUGUGGGUUGUUUUUUAAUUUUUUUUCUUAGAAAUAUUUAGGUAAGGUUUAUCUUGAAUCUUAAUUGCCUUAAUUUUAAGGACGUCAAAGGCUCUCGAGGCAAGCUGUCAACGUCUUGUUAAAAAAAAUCAAGAAAGAAUUGAAAUAUUGUGCCGGCUUUAACUGGUACAGAAGCUUAAGACUAUGAGUUUUUAGGGUGAAAAAAAAAACUGUACAGUUUAAAAGAAAAUGUUUUUCUUCAUUUGAAGAAAAUUUGUUGAUAAAAGAAACCAUGGCAACUGCAAGAAUUGGAAAAAUGCUGGGACUUUUCCUGAACUUUGUCUUAAGUGUUGAACCAUUUGGAAGGCUAAAACAUUUUAUGGUAAAGUUAUUAAGGUUGGUUUAAAAACAACUGCAUUAGAAAUAAUGCGUGUUUGGGGGGCAGAAUGCAGAAUUUUUUAAUUUACAAAGCGUGAUUGCUAGCAAAAGCAUUAGUGCUUUUUAUCUGCAGUCUUUUUUAUGAGCUUUACAAAGUUUUUAGUCAGCUUUGCUUGUCACAUUGCAAAACCUAGCUUAAAAGCAUUAAAAAAAAAACUUAAGUAGAUAGGAGCUUAUGGUCAAAAGUGCAAAACAAAACAAAACAAACAAAAACACAAAAAAAGCAAUAGAUAGAGAAAUUGUUGACAAUUUCUGUAGUCUUUCCUAGUUGUGAUCAAAUUCAGCCUACGGAUGGCCUAUUUUAUACCAAAGAUGAAGUGGCACCCUAUUGCAGUCCAGAAGAUAGAGGUUGUUUUUUCUUUACUUUUCUGUUCAAAAUUUUAUUUGACCUACAUGGCCGGACCAGUUCUUAUUUUGUUGUUUGUUUAAACUACCUUCCACUGGUAUUUUACAUACUGCAAAAAAAAUUUUUUUUUGGAUAAUCGUGGACAGUAGAAGCUCACACCUGCUGUGCUCAGCAGUUGCAGCAUGAAGAGUUCUGGGUACCAACUGAUAGAGCCAAGUGGCUUUCGAUUCCAUGAGCUUUGCCAGUUCUUCGCUAGCUGUCUUGAAUAGUGAAACCUGUAUUGACGGCCACCAAUAAGCUAAGACACUUUUUUAACAGGUUGAAACUUGUUUUCGUGAAUUUUGAACUGAAGACACUUCCCGAACCUGGUCUGAAGGGUCACUUGUUAAAAAAAAAAAAAAGCUUAGUGAUAUUGUGUUAACCGGUGAGUGGUUUCCUGAAAAGGUCUCAUUGUAUUUGUAACAAUAGUCUUCCUUCUAAAUUCCAACACCUCUUGAUUUUGUCUUUGCACCUUAGUCUUCGUUGUGACCCACCAUGAAUAGUCACCUUGAUUCCGCAGUGGGGAAGGGAGAUCUUCUUUUUGCCUUUUUUUUUCAUUGUACUUUCAUAUCCUGGUGUUGUCAGAAGAAAGACAAAAUAGACCUUUUUAUUUCAGCUGAACUCUCUGAGGGAAGUAGGACCAAUAAGAUUGAGGAUUCUGUUAGUGGAAUUUAGGUAAGCUUUUGAAAUGCUAGUUGACAAUCAAGAAAUUAUAUGAUUGAUAUUAAUAAGAACCGAAACAAUUGGGUUUGAUCAAUCGUUAAAGCCAAAGGGAUAUGUUUGCAUUGAGGAGGAUGCAAAAGUGUGUCUAAAAUGAAUUAAAUUGCUGUAACAAACAUCUCUGCAUAUUUGGUUCAUGAAAUCCAUACCCAACCUGUACAGUUUCACUUAAAACAAAAGACAAUGAAACGCGGUUCACUGAACGAGGCCCUAGAAUUGCUUUCUGAAUGAAUCAUUAGAAUCAAAUAAGGGAAAUUCUUUUCACAAACUGUCAGAGGAACCGUCUUAAUCCAGAAAGAGGAGGGAAAUGCACCAAGUACACUGUAAAAGAAAGCAGAGUAGGCUUUUAAAAACUUUUUAAAAAUUUAGAAGAUACAUCAUAGUCCCGUUAGAUCAACAGGAGUAAUGAGUUUGACUCAUAUGAAAGCGUCAAUAUUUCACCAUUUAUGACAUACAAACAAAAGCCUAGUGCUGACAUAGACCUGGUUCUCUUAUUUGCAACAUCAUGUACUGGAAACUCAAAUCUUGAGAAAGACUCCAUAUCUUUAUGGUCAAAUUAGAGGUGAAAUACACAUCCAAGAAAUUGUAACAUGCUACAGAGAAAUACGAACUGGUCGCACCCCUCCUUAUGGUUUUCCAUGCUUUAGUGAGAAUCCAAGGUUUCUCCUUUUUUCUGUUCCAUCCUUCAGCCUCUCUUGUAUUCUAAGGGUGGUGCUUAAGUUUUAUCUUCAAGAAGUGGGCCCCCAAGUUUCAGGGGGUGAGGCAAACAUGUAUGGAAACUGUAUUUUCUGUUUCUUUUUUUCACUCUCUGAACUCUUUGUAUAAAUAAGGAUUAUCCUGGGCAUAAUUCAUUUGAAUAUGAAACCAACAUGUUUUCUUUUGUUUCUGUAAAAAAAAAAACCUUAAUGUGAUACAAAGAAAGUCUCAUUUAUACAAUCAACGAUGAGGCUAAGAGGUAGCUACCAUGUGGCUGAUGAGUGUGCCUAGGUAACUUCCUGUUUCUAUUCAAAACUACUGCUUUAUUUAUACAUUCAGAAACAUUUUUUUCAACUAUGAAAUUUCAAUGAUCUCAAUUUUUUUAAGCCACUUCAGGCAAAAGGAAAUUACCUGUCAUUUUAUGUAUCCACGUGUGUUUUGUGUUUGGACUUUUUACAUCAUGCCAUUCUAUAGACUAUCUUCUUUUUCAUUGAAAAGAAAAAAAAAAAGAAGGAAAAAAUGCCACUUGUUCAAAUUCGCAUCUGUCAUCUUCCCUAAUCAUUAUUUUUAAAAUCCAUGUCUUGAGGGGAAAAAGCAUCAACAGGUAAGCAGCAUUACACUGUAUGAAAAAUAAAACAAGCCAAAAUAUGUGUUCAAUAUAUGCAGACAUGAGAAUCCUACUUUGGUUAUUUUAAACCUCUUUAGGACUGUACUCAUUUGGUUUAAGUAUUCUGGUCCACCAGGUUUUCAAGCCUUUACUCAAGUGUUCAAUUUUUCCUUUCAACUUCAACUGCCAGGAUUUCGCCUAAAGCUUAGGAAACAAACUGAAGCCAGAAUCCGAGUGGGGUAAACACUGUCUCAUCCAAACUCUAGUGACAGGGUCGGUGGAGGAGCGCGGUGGUUUGAAACAAUGAUAAGAUAUUGUCAGGGGUGGCAAAGUGUGUCGGCAACUGGGGGUUCCUCAUGUAUGGCCCUGUCUCCGGGAGACGUUAUGGCCCCUGGGUGAACUAAAUGUAAUACUAGCAAGUCCUUGAACACUGGCAUGUCUUGAACAUUGCAAGUGGCAUAGUAUUCUAAAAAAAAAUAUCCUCUAGCUGACUCCAUGGUGGUCAGGACUGGUUUGGUUCCUUGGUAGAUUUCAAUUGUUCGGGUGUGGUCUCCAUGCUUCACUUGAAUCAAUGCUUCCUGUGACCUUAAUGGCUCUGCCCCAUUUGACAGCAUAUAAGACUCACCUUUGCCCUUCUCUAAUGAAAAACUGUGUGGUGUUAAAAGCACUCCUCUCGGAGCUGGAAGGCUGAGAGCAGCAGGUGGCUGGAUGGAAUAGGAAGUUCACUGUACCAACAGAAUACAGAGACCCCUUGCAAAACUGCUUUCCAAGUAUUUCCAAUUUAUAUAUGACCAGAAAAAGUACUUAGUUUGUUGUUUUUUUUAAAAAAAAAACAACAACCCUAUUUGAAUAAUUGGUAUGCCAAUUACAUGCCUAUGUAUCUUUUACAGCCGCCUAAAGUCUCCAUUAAGGAAAAGUGAGGUUUCAUUUAAAUAGUGCCUGUGCCGCCUUCUUCAUGAUUGAGAAGCUUCAAUGUACUGUCUAGACAGAUUAUAUUAUCAGUAGGAGACUCGAAGUACAUUUGACAAUUCAGCCUCAUGUUUAAUUUGAGCACACAAACCAUUACAGAUGAGCUGAUAAGGAGAGAGACAUUCUUAAGCAGGUUGCAGUGAUCAUUGUUUUCAUAUGAUAUAAAAUCAAAUGAAAGGAUAAUAUUUAUGUAUGUGAAUAGCAACAUUCAGCACAUUUGAGGAUCAUGUCAAAAUCAAAUUAACAGCUGUCAUGGAGCCCUUGGUCGACAGUAGCUCAUGCACAGUAGCAGGUAAAGGAUGAGAUUUGGUUUCCGUGUUGUUGUGGCUUAGCACGCUCCAACCUUCUGAGCUUGCUGGGACUGACAGCCUCUCACUCCGGUCUGCGGGACUGAUGGAAUUGGACCAGGCUCAUUGAUUUUGUACACUCUCCCCUUCCUGUGGCAAAAUGAUAAUGGGAUUUCAUUAACGAAUCAAUUCGUUCUACAAAUGACAUUCGCCGUGGCAUUGGAAGACAGUUGAGUCUAUCUCAAAUUGAACAGUUCUUACCAAAUACUUUAAAAUAUGUAAUUAGGCUUUUUAUCCAAGUGCUCUUGGGCAUGGCUGCCCUCUGUGGAUUACAUGAUUCAGGAACGUACGAAAGCUAAAUAAAUAUAAGAUCCCCGAGUGGCUCCCCAAAUCAUUUAUGAUGUGGGGCACGGAGCUCUCCCCAGGUUGUUGGUAUCUUUUAUCUUUGUUUUUAUACCCAAGUACAUACGCUUCCUGCCAAAUACACACACACACACACACACACACACACGGAUGAAUGGCUUCUCUAUGUUCAUUUCUUUGUAUUUCUGGGAAGAAAAAUCACAUUUCAGGAAAUGCUUCUUACACCCAGGAAGCGGUAAGGCUGAAGCAGAGGGGAGACCUCGCUGGGAGUCUGCAGGAAGGACCCUGGGUCGCUCAGUCACACUCUUCCGUUUCCUUUGCUCCCGUUCGAACCGCCCGCUACUCAACCUUGCAGGAAUCCAAUCACUCUCAAUGUUUGAAGGGCUAAUUAUCUACGCUGUGGUUUUCUUUUGUCUUUUCUCUUCAACUCUUCAGACUUGGGUCUCUAUUUCUGUUUAUUAACGUCACCCGGAGGGUGGAAAAAGAAACAAUUGGAAAUAAAAUUCAAAUCAGUCUAUUUUGCUUCUUGUUGAGUAUUGGCUGUUUGAAGGAGUUGAAAAUCAUGUGUAAAAAUUAAUGUCAGAGCAUUAUAUACCAUUAAUUUUUUUAUUACCUGUGAGGUCCCUUUUCCCUGUCCCCAUCCACUACAAAUAAUUGAGAGUUGGCUGUAUUCUUGCAAAAUAUAAAGGAAACAAAAAAAAAAACGAGCAAAGAAUUGGCUCCCCUCGCAAGAAAAGCUGUUUUGGUUGUGUUCACUUUUGAAAUUUGAACCACUAGAAAAGGUCAACUCAAAAUUCAGUUAUGAGAAUAUAAUAGCAGUUCUUGGUUAAAUACACACUCCUAUCCUUAUCUUAAAUCUUUCACACACCAAAAAAUAAUGCAUUGUUUGGGGGUUUUUGACUUUGCGUCACUGUAUUAAAGCUGAAUGACCUUAACACUCCAGUGGAUUUAUUUUAAAAAUCAUUUUAAAUUUAAAUAGUAUGCAAAGUGUAACAUCAGUCUUACACUUUGUAUUUUAAUCCCUCUGGUCUUAGAUUAUUAAGAAAGAUGCUCUCUCCUCCUCCCUAAAUAUGUUAUUUCUUCAUAUGUAAAAAAGGAGUUAUUUCAUACUUUUCAGGAACUGUAAAUAUUAUUUCGAAGAGACACUUGAAAAAGUUUCUCCACUCUGGAAAUUGAUGCUUUCAUUUCUUUAAAAAAGAAGAAGAAUUAAUCUUAUUUU